AUGGAAGAAUUGGCAAUCUCCCCCUCUGGAAUAUUGAUACACAGGGAUUUCGUGACACCGGAACACGAGGCACAGCUGCUCCACAUGUUUGAACACGAGCUGAAUUGGCCCCCAGAGCGGACGGGUGGACGUCGGUCACUGCACUGGGGCUACACCUUCAGCUACAAGACGUUUGCCAUCGACGCCGACGUGGCCUACAAGCCGUUACCCGGUUGGCUGGAACGGCUGCUGCCGUCGGGCGAGGCGCGGGCGCCAGAUCAGGUCUGCCUGCAGCACUACCCCCCCGGUUCGGGGAUACCACCGCACGUCGACACGCACAGCGCCUUUGACCAGCUGUACGCGCUCUCGCUGGGGGCGCCGGUGGUGAUGCAGUUCCGCGAGGGCGGGCGGGCCGGCGUGGCGGCGGCGGCCCAGAGGAGGACGGUCGACGUCGACCUGCCGCCGCGGAGCCUGAUGCAGAUGCGCGGGGACGCCAGACUUCACUGGACACACGCCAUCAGGAAGCGCAAGACGGACGUGCUGGCCGACGGCGCAGUGAGGCCGCGAGGGACGCGAUGGAGCAUCACCUAUCGAUGGCUCCGUGAUGGCGCCACGUGCGAGUGCGGAGACGAGGGCCUCUGCGACACAGCCAUGAAGCGGAGGGGUAGAAAGCCCCAGAACCCCAAACCCCAAACCCCAAACCCCAACCCUAACCCCGACGAUGACGACGACGACGACGACGAUGACGACGACGACACCAGCACCAGCACCAGCACCAGCAACCCUCAGGGGAAGUAG